ACUUUUUAGUUUUUGGUCAAUCACCCCACUUCACUAACUCCCCUUGACACAUUUUCCUCCAACACACCCUUUCAUUUAUUCAUUAUAUUCUCUCACUGCCUCUCCAUCUCUCUCUCACUCUCUCCAUCUCUCAUGGAAUUUGAAAAUUAAAACCCAGUUGCAGGAAACAUGGGAACCCUGUUGAGAUUUUCACUUCUUCUGGUGCUGAUUGCAGCAGCAGAAGCAGAAUCCACUUGCAACGGCACAGACCAAGCCCAAGUCUCCAAGGCUUUCAAGUCAGUCUCCGGUUUCAACCUCUCCUGGCUCCAAAAUUCAAACCGACCCAACUGCUCCAACCCACCCAUCACUCAAGUCAACUUCCCUUCCAGAAACCUAACCGGAAUAAUCUCAUGGAAGUACCUCAGAAACUUGUCAAAUCUUCAAUCCCUCGAUCUCUCAUCCAACAAUCUCAAGGGCUCCGUCCCUGGAUGGUUUUGGACUCUUCCGAGCCUGGUCCGGGUCAAUCUCUCUAAGAACUGGCUCGGUGGCAGCUUUGGACUCGAGCCCGCGUCAGGAAACAGUUCAACCUCUUCCGUCCAGGAGCUCAAUCUCUCAUCCAACCGGUUCACGAACUCGGCCCAGCUCUCUGGCUUCCCAAAUCUUACAUUUCUCGACCUUUCCCACAACGAUUUGGGCACUCUGCAACCCUCUGCUUUCUCCAACCUCACUAAUUUGCAGCACCUCGACAUCUCGAGCUGCAGAAUUUCUGGGAAUUUAAAACCCAUCUCUGUUUUGCGAGGAUUGGAGUAUUUAGACGUUUCGGAAAACAAAAUCAACGGUUCUUUCCCUUCGGAUUUUCCUCCGCUUACCGGCCUGAAAUUCUUGAACAUAUCGCUCAAUAAUUUCACCGGCCGGGUCGUACCGGAAAAUUACCUGAAGUUUGGGAAAAGCGCUUUUAUCAACGCCGGAAAAAACCUCACUUCUUUCGGCAGUUCCAAAACCAAAGCCCAAAGCCUUCACAAUUCCAAUGCAAACCCACCUCACAAAACCCUCGAAAAACAAAAACCCAAAUCGCAAAACUCCCAUAAAAUUCUUGUUCUGAGCAUAUCCUGCGCAUCCGCAUUUGUAAUCCUCUUGUCCAUAAGCACUUGCGUAGCUUGCAUAUGCAGGAAAAAGCACUUUGCCAAAAAGCACAAAUGGGCGAUUUCCAAACCCGUUCAGUUAGUCCCGUUCAAGAUCGAGAAGUCGGGGCCGUUCUCUUUCGAGACCGAGUCGGGGACGUCGUGGGUCGCCGACAUCAAGGAGCCGACAUCGGCUCCGGUCGUGAUGUUCGAGAAGCCGUUGAUGAACUUGACGUUUAAGGACUUGAUUGCUGCCACGUCGCACUUCGGUAAGGACUCCCAGCUUGCAGAGGGGAGGUGUGGGCCCGUCUACACCGCCGUGCUGCCCGGCGACCUCCACGUGGCGAUCAAGGUGUUGGAGAACGCCAGGGACGUUGAGUACGAUGAUGCUGUGGAAGUGUUUGAAAAUCUUUCGAGAUUGAAACAUCCCAACCUGCUGCCUCUCUCCGGUUACUGCAUUGCAGGGAGAGAGAAGUUGGUAUUGUACGAGUUCAUGGCGAACGGGGACUUGCACAGAUGGUUGCACGAGCUGCCCACCGGGGAGCCCAACGUGGAGGACUGGACUGGUGACAUGUGGGAGCAAAGUUUUGGUUAUGGAGCCCACUCGCCCGAAAAGAAAGGAUGGCUCACGCGCCACCGCAUUGCGGUUGGAAUAGCGCGUGGGUUGGCGUACCUCCACCAGGCGGGGUCAAGGCCCGUUGUCCACGGCCACCUUGUAACUUCGAACAUAUUGUUGGGCGGGGAUUUUGAGCCGAGAAUAGCCGAUUUCGGGUUGAAAAGUAUUGGGAGUAGGCGGGAAAUUGGUGGCGGAGGUGGUGGCAGCGGGGCGGAGACGGAUGUGUAUUGUUUUGGGGUGGUGUUGAUGGAGCUGUUGACGGGGAGGACAGGGACGGCGGAGACGGUGGUGUGGAUGAGGAGGAUGGUGAGGGAGGGUGCGGUGGACGCACUGGACGAGAAGUUGAGAGAGAGUGGGGAGUUGGAGAAGGAGAUGGUGGAGAGCCUGCGAGUUGGGUACCUGUGUACGGCGGAGUCGCCUGGGAAAAGGCCCAGCAUGCAACAAGUUCUGGGUUUGCUCAAAGACAUACAUCCCAGUACGACUACUGUGGGCUUGGGCUGACGUCAUUUCAUUUCACGCGAGGGAUUUUUCAGUGUAAUCAAUACACCAUCACGUGUUACUAUACAAAUAGUGAGAUAUGUGUGCUAAAAAGUUAAUAACUUAAAAUAUAAAACUGCCCACCACUUCUAUUAAAACACGUGGUGUACCACUUGUAUUCAUAUCACAACGAAAAAUUUCUCGUUUCACGCCCUGUGAAUUGCGUGCAAUUGGAAAAUUAGAAAUGAAAUUGAAAUGUUUUCUAGUUUAUUUUUAGUCUUUGUGUUUGUA